AAACUUGAGAGUUGGGACCCAUUCUAUUAAAAUUGUCCCAUUUUUUAUUAACCACUCCACUUUUCUUUGUUUGUCCGCCGAUUGCAUUGAGCAAAAUCGGUGAGACAGAGUGAUCACUGAUCAGGUCUCCGGCCUCCGGUCUCCAACCCACAGAAAACCCCGUCAAAAUUCACUACUCCACUCUCAUUUGUCCAAAAAAGUUCAACUAUUCCACCAUGGCAAUAUCACCGUCAUCAUCUUCGAACAUCUUCUCUAUAUUCUCACAAACUCAAAAUACUAAAACCCAAUUUCCUUUUCUCCAAAAAACCCACCUUUCAUACCCUCUUUCAUGUCCUUUAAUCUCUCUACAAACCUCAAAAAAUCCCAACAACCAAAAUGGGUUAUUUAUAACAUCAAUGGGUACUUACAAUGUUCAGAUUAUUGUAGAAGAGAAUGAACCAGAAGAGAAGCUGAUUAACAGGUUUAGGAGACAGGUUUUGAGAGCUGGUGUUAUUCAAGAGUGUAAAAGAAGAAGAUGGUUUGAAAAUUCUCAGGAUAAAAGGAAACGUAAGUCUCGUGAAGCUGCUAAGAGAAAUCGUAGAAGGCGGCCUCAGCCUAAAGUUUCGAAACAGAAUAAUACGGAAACUCCCAAGAAGGAAGUCCAUGACUUGGAUGAUGAUAAUUGGGAUAUUCCAGAAGGCAACCUUCCUUAUUGAUCAAGCUGAUAAUAAUAGCAUGUUGAUGUUGAUAACUGAUAUGCCGAGUUGCUGACAAUAAUAGUUAGAGUUUGUAAAUCGCUAAUCGUAACCAAUCCUUUGGGACCCACUUUAGUUCCAGUCAUUUCCUAGCGGUGUUAUAAUAUCAUAUCAUGCACCUUCUGGACCUAAGACACCCAUGUUUUCUUCGACGAUAUUGUUUUGAGUUUACAAAUGAAGAUAGAAUAUACAUUGUUAAUUUGUUAUGAUAGUUUAAAAUAUUAAUAUAUUAGUUAAAAUAAAUUGCUGAUAUUUUCAUGUUAUGUAUGUUGUAAUUGUUAGGAAUAAUUUUCAUGUUAUAUAAAUUGUUGUAGAUAUAUAAUAGAAGUUUUAGUAUUAUAAUAGAAGCUUAUUCGACAUAAUAUAGUUG